GCGAGCCAGCGGGGCUGGACAGCAGCCGGUCCAGGCUGACAGGGUCGUGGGCAGCCCUGUUGGGCCAGAUCUGGGCCGGCCCCGGGACUGGGAGGUGUCCAAAUACCCAAACCUGCAGCUGAGAUCACAAUCUUGGCAAGAGGGUAAAAGGAAUCGCAGGUCGAUCCAGUGACAGACGCGGCCAUGGCCCUGAGGGGACCUUGCCCCUUGCUCUUCCUGACCCUCAUCCUGCUGGCCGCCAGCCUGGCCCAGCUCAGCGAAGGCGCCAGCUACCGGCAGUUCGUGACCCAACACUUCGACAACCCCAAGACCAGUGCUGCUAACGACCGGCUCUACUGCAACCUCCUGAUGCAGCGCCGUGGCCUGACCCGCUUCUUCUGCAAACGCCGCAACACCUUCAUCCACGCCCCCGCCGGCCAGCUCCAGGCCAUCUGUGCCCGUGGAGGGACACACGUGAGCCUCAACCUCUACGACAGCCUGGAGUCCUUCAACGUCACCACGUGCCGGGUGCUGCCCCGCUCCCGCCCGGGGAACUGUAGAUACAGGGCUGCAAUCGGCAAUACCAAGGUCCGCGUGGCCUGUGUCAAGGGGCUGCCUGUGCACUUAGAGCCAACGUACCUGCCAUGAGCAGGGAAUCCCCCUUCUGCUCCCCACCCCGUUUUGAUCCUGAGCAGCCCUCUGUUGCUGGGGGCUCCCUGUCCCCCUACUUGCCUCUCCUGGGCAACGCCCACCAUGAGUCUCCACAGGGACUGUCAGCAUCUCCCCUUAUCCCACAGGCCAGCAGCUUGGGGCCUGCCGGGGGAUUUUCCAUGCUGGAUGCCCAGUUCCCAUCCACACGAGUGUAAAUCCAGUUGCCCAGCCCCCCACCCCACCCCCCCCAGCUUGCAUUGAGACCCUCAGCCUGAGCCCAGCGCCUGCCUCGCUGGGCAGGAUCCAAACACAACUGGCCUGGACUUGGGCUGGGGCUGCCCCGAACCCACCAGGAGCGGGAGAGGUUGAGCGGCUCUGAAACCUCAGACCCAUUUCAUUGGGGGCCCAGUUUUAGCCCCCCGAAUCUGACCAAAAUUCCCACAAACCCCUUGGAUUUGUCUAAACCUGCAUGAUUGGCUCUGGCCCCGUCACUGGGGGAUGUGGAAACCAGCUGAGCCUCGCAUGGCCAGACACCACAGGGCUAAGAUGGGAGGAGGGCUGCUGGUCCGGGUAGAAAUGAGGGGCUCUGAGGGCCCGGUGGGAGAGGUUAACGCUUGUUCCUGUCGUCCCCCCCUCCCACCGUCCCCCAGAGCUCCCCAGGCAGUGAGAUUUGCUAGACCAGAACUAGGGUAGAACCAGGAGGCGCUUGGGGUCUCGUCCCUGGCUCUGACGUCUCUUAUGUGAGUAUAAGGUGAGGC